UUUGACCAUCUUCUCUUUGCAGGAACCUCAUCCUUCUCAAAUAAGACCUGAAAGUGGUCCACAAGCAGGAGGAACCAUGCUUACCAUCACCGGAACAAACCUGGCCACUGGUUCCAAGAAGGACGUUCAAGUUUCAGUCGGUAGCCAGCCUUGCAAUGUCACUGAAUUUGGAGACGAGAUCAUUUGCAUUACAGGACCUAAUAGCAAGGUUGAAGCUGUUCAAGUCACAAUGCACUAUGGGGGCACAGCAAUUACUGUACCACAGCCAUUUUCAUACAGUGAGAAUCCUACUGUCACCAAGUUCCUGCCAGUAAAUAGCUUCAGCAGUGGAGGGAGAAAUAUUACAGUAACUGGAACCGGUUUUGAGCUCAUCCAGAGUUUCUCGUUGGUGGUAUAUGCAGAGCGUCCAGAAGCAGGGAAAACGAAUCUCAAAAGGUUUGAUGGAAAGCUUGUUACAAGACUCAAUGAAACCACGGUGGUUUUUUCUUCCCCACCAAUACUGGAAGACCCAGAAAACUAUAAUAUUACCACUAUUAUUCUAAUGGAUCAUUAUCAUUUGGUUGUAAAAAAUGAGAGCCACUCCUUUGCCUAUGUUGCAGACCCAACCUUUGAAAACUUCACAGAUGGCAUCAAAAAACAAGUCAACAAACUUAUUAAUGCAAAGGGCAGUAACCUGAACAAAGCCAUGACGAUAGACGAGGCCCAGGCUUUUGUGGGUGACGAGCCUUGCAACAUAAAAACACUAACUGAAACGGACUUAUAUUGUGAGCCACCAGAAGUACAGCCGCAACCAAAGAAACGGCAGAAGAGAGAUACCAUCAAUAACCUUCCUGAAUUCAUUGUGAAGUUUGGACUCCGGGAAUGGAUCCUCGGAAGGGUGGAAUAUGAUACGCGUGUGAGUGACAUCCCACUGAAUCUUAUUUUGCCAUUGGUACUUAUUCCUAUGAUAGCAAUCAUCGUCAUUUCUAUCAUCUGUUACAGACGCAAGAGCCAACAAGCAGAACGAGAGUAUGAAAAAAUUAAAUCACAACUUGAAGGCCUGGAGGAGAGUGUCAGAGACCGGUGCAAGAAAGAAUUCACAGAUCUAAUGAUAGAGAUGGAGGAUCAAACAAAUGAUAUCAAUGAAGCUGGAAUUCCAGUACUGGACUACAAAACCUACACAGACAGAGUCUUCUUCUUGCCCUCCAAAGAUGGAGAGAAAGACGUGAUGAUCACGGGGAAGCUGGAUAUUCCUGAGGCCAGGCGACAGACUGUGGAGCAGGCUUUGAACCAGUUCUCCAACCUCCUCAAUAGCAAAUCAUUUCUCAUUAAUUUUAUUCACACGCUGGAAAACCAAAGGGAAUUCUCUGCUCGAGCUAAAGUGUAUUUUGCAUCUUUACUGACAGUUGCUUUACAUGGAAAACUAGAAUACUAUACUGACAUCAUGAGGACGCUGUUCUUGGAACUGAUGGAGCAGUAUGUUGUGGCCAAAAACCCAAAGCUAAUGCUAAGAAGAUCUGAAACGGUUGUUGAGAGAAUGUUGUCUAACUGGAUGUCUAUUUGUUUAUAUCAGUACCUCAAGGACAAUGCCGGGGAGCCUCUUUAUAAAUUGUUCAAGGCUAUCAAACACCAGGUAGAAAAAGGCCCAGUGGAUGCUGUGCUAAAGAAAGCCAAGUAUACAUUGAAUGACACAGGCUUACUGGGAGAUGAUGUAGAGUAUACACAGUUGACAGUAAAUGUAUAUGUACAAGAUGGAGGAACCGAUUCCAUACCUGUGAAAGUGCUGAACUGUGAUACUAUAUCACAAGUAAAGGAAAAGAUAAUAGAUCAAGUCUAUCGAAAUCUGCCGUGUUCUCAGUGGCCAAAAGCUGAAAGUGUAGUUCUUGAGUGGCGUCCAGGUUCUACUGCACAGAUCCUCUCAGACUUGGAUUUAACAUCCCAAAGAGAUGGCAGAUGGAAACGUAUCAACACACUAAUGCAUUAUAAUGUCCGAGAUGGUGCCACACUCAUCUUAUCAAAAAUGGGAAUUUCCCAGCAGCCAGAGGAUAAUCAGCAAGAUGUCCCAGGGGAGAGGCAUGCACUCCUGGAAGAUGAAAAUAAGGUCUGGCAUCUAGUCCGGCCAGUAGAUGAAAUAGAUGAAGGUAAAUCAAAGCGGGGCAGCGUGAAAGAAAAAGAGAGGACCAAAGCUAUUACAGAAAUCUACCUGACCAGACUUCUUUCUGUGAAGGGGACACUUCAGCAGUUUGUAGAUAACUUCUUUCAUAGCGUGCUCAACUCAAACCAUGUGGUGCCACCAGCUGUGAAAUACUUCUUUGACUUUCUUGAUGAGCAAGCAGAAAAACAUGACAUCAAGGAUGAAGAUACCAUUCACAUCUGGAAAACAAACAGCCUGCCUCUUAGAUUCUGGGUAAACAUACUGAAAAAUCCCCAUUUUAUCUUUGAUGUUCAUGUUCAUGAAGUAGUGGAUGCUUCCUUGUCAGUCAUUGCACAGACUUUCAUGGAUGCUUGCACAAGAACAGAGCACAAAUUAAGCAGAGAUUCUCCGAGUAAUAAAUUACUUUACGCAAAAGAAAUCUCUAACUAUAAGAAAAUGGUGGAAGAUUACUACAAAGGUAUUCGUCAGAUGGUGCCAGUUAGUGACCAAGACAUGAAUACCCAUCUAGCAGAGAUUUCUAGGGCACAUACCGAUUCCUUAAAUACACUUGUGGCUCUACACCAACUCUACCAGUAUACUAACAAAUACUAUGAUGAGAUUAUAAAUGCACUUGAAGAGGAUCCAGCUGCACAAAAAAUGCAGCUUGCCUUCCGUUUACAGCAAAUAGCAGCUGCGUUAGAGAAUAAAGUGACUGACCUUUGACUCAAAAGCCGCAAUAAAGAAAUCUGAUCUGAAGAUGUUCAAAUUCAUUCUUCCUGUUAAGGAAAUAGUGUUCUAUUUUUUAAUGUAUAAUUACAACUUUAAAUGAAAGAUUUCAUGUUUUUUUGAUAGCAGAGGUGUAAUGUAAAAAAUUUUUACUGUAAAUUAUGCUUCUAAUUAAAAGCUGUGUUGU